CAAUUUCGCAUUCACAAAUCACAAUCAAUCUUACGAUUUUACAUUUAAGUUUUUACAACAUUUUUCAUUUAUACUGUUUUGUGUUUUCGUCCAAACUCUAGAUCUUUGCAUCAGCACGCGGUGAUAAUAUUGUACACACGUGCCGCCAUUUUUAUUGUACAGUCCACGACCGUGUUGUCACUUUGUCAGUUUGUCAGUUGUCACACACUAUGGCGGUAGUCCAAAACGGUACGAGUACAGUUUACAGCUUGUACAKAUUAGCGUUGAUGUCUUGUACGCCGCUAAUGUACAACAGUAUCAGAAAUCUGGAUAUUCCGAAUUUAGACCUAAGACGUUGCUGCAUAAGAGUAAUUAAAAUAAUACAAUCGAACUCGGCGGACGGCGUAUUCGACGAGUUCGGUGACUGGCAUGGUAUGUACGAAAAAUGUAUAAACAAAGGUUAUGUUGAACCACAUUAUUUUAAAUUGUUACUCAAUUCAGCCGUUAAACACGGACAUAUCGAUUGUCUGAAGAUUGUUGUUGAGAUGGGCUAUCCGUUGGGACUGCACAAUUAUUAUCACUUGUCUUCCACACCUAAUAUGCCAAACUAUGUGUACGACAUCCCCCAUGACUCCAUUGGUGUGUGUACCUUAGCCGCAUAUUUCGGACAAUUGGAGUGCCUGGAGUAUGCCCACCAAAAGGGGGGUUUGUGGGAUGGUUUAACAUGUGUUUUGGCUGUCCUAGGCGAUAAAUUUGACUGUCUGCGUUUUGCUGUAGAAAACGGAUGCCUUUUAGAUAGUCCAAAUCCUAUGGAAGCGGCUGCAAGUACAGGAAACCUGCCGAUGUUGAAAUACCUACAUCUUAAACAAUGCCCGUGGUCCAUAAAUACAUGCACUUCUGCGGCCAUUAACGGCCAACUAGAAUGCUUAAAGUAUGCUCGUGACAACCAAUGUCCGUGGGACGUAUCGACGGUCCUAGCGGCCCUCUUGAUUGACAGCUUUGAGAUCUUGAGGUAUGCGGUCGAUAACGGAUGCCCUUUAAAUUCAGUAAUAUUAGAAAUGGUAGCCUUGACGGGCCCACUAACAAUGUUCCAAUAUCUCCAUGAACACGGAGCCCCGUGGUCUGUUAAAACGUGUUCCAAUGCAGCUCAGGAAGGAAACCUGGAUUGUUUAAUGUAUGCCCGAGACCACGGAUGUCCUUGGGACAUAACAACUUGCACUGCAGCCGUCCGAAGCAGCGAUAUGGAAUGCCUCAGGUAUGUUGUAGAGAAUGGGUGCCCCAUGAUAACGUCGGACCCUAUUAAUGAGGCUGUAAAGCUUGGCAACUUGAGGUAUUUAAAAUAUCUUCAUGAACAUGGGUGUCCGUGGUCUGAAGGUAUGUGCAUGUCUUUAGCGAUCCAAAUGCUAUUAUAUUUAGAGAUCAAAAGCGAUUCGAUAUUUUUUGAUAAAUCUUUUUUUAUCCAACAACGAAAUUGUUUAGUAUAUGCAUGGAAACAUGGCUCUCCGUGGMUGGGCGGAACUUGCUUAGAAAGUUCAGGAAAUGGGCGCAUGGAUUGUUUGGUGUCAAAGCCCGACCAUCGUUGUAUGUGGGACAGUGAGCAGUUUUGUGGUUACGCAGCUGUUAUACGUCAAAGAGAAUUAAUCACAUUCAGAAACGGACGCAUCAGGCGCUUAAAGGGACCGAUCACCCCGGUACUUCUUGAACCCUUGCUUCUAAAGUGUGUCACAGAUUCCGAUAUAUCUACAGGUGUGUUUUUAAAUUUUUACUACUCAUCAGUCAUCGUUUUCGCCGUCAGUCACCGUCGUCUGAAAACUCGCGAUCGUAAAGUAAACAGCUCGCAGCGGUUAUUGUACGCACGGGCCGCCAUUUUUUCCAGCCGUCGACAACUUACCGUGUCCACGAUGGAGGUAGUUGAGGAACAAUCAUUUACCGUUCCCAGUUUGUUUAAGUUGGCGUGCCUCUCGUGCACGCCGGAACAGUUCCUGAAGAUCAGCACCAAUCCGAAAUAUAAAUAUUUAAAAAUCGACGUGAAACCUUGCUGCCUGAUGGUGAAAGAAAUCAUUGAAAUUAAUUCGGCCGUUGGAACUUUCGACCCGCAGGGCAAUAGAGAAGACGUUUAUGACAAAGUGAAGAUCAAUUUCGACGACUUAAAUUUUUUCCGUUCGGCCAUCAAGUACGGGCACCUCGAAUGCCUGAAGAUGGUUCAUGAGUUGGGCCGCCCGUUAAAAAUGAGCUUGGAAUCCAGUUUUCGUGAAAUGUAUGAUUUUAGAGAUCACAAGAUUUACGCUAUAAAACCCAGCUUUUCACGGUGCCCAGAGUUGUGUUCCAUAGCCGCGUAUUAUGGAAAACUGGCAUGUCUAGAGUUCUUCCAUCAACACAAGCUUCCAUGGAAUGUGUUGACAUGCGUCGCGGCCAUUCUGAGCAACAACAUAGAUUGCCUUAAAUAUGCAGUUGAAAACGGAUGUGCUAUAGAUAAACCAGAACCUAUCCAAGCGGCAGCAGCUAUGGGCAAACUAGUCGUUAUCAAAUAUCUUCAUGAAAACGGAUGCCCGUGGUCUGUAAAUGCAUGUACCUACGCGGCCCGGAAAGGUUACCUGGAAUGUUUAAAAUUUAUGAGAGAAAACGGAUGCGAAUGGGAUAUCUCAACAUGCACUGCGGCUGUCAAAAGCGGUAACUUUGAAUGCCUCAAAUAUAUAGUUGAGAGUGGGUGUUAUAGGAUCUCGGGAGACCCUGUAGAAGAGGCGGCAUUCGUUGGUAACUUAAACUUCUUAAAGUAUUUACGUGAGCAAGGGUUUCCAUGGUCCGAUUCUACAUGUGGGUACGCCGCAGGUCAAAUAACCCUAUCCUUAAGAUGUGCUCAUCUAGAAAGAUUUUCUAUAGACGAGUCAGACUGUGUGGAUGCCUUUAAGGAUAUUGAAUUUUGCCUGUUCCCAAUAUGUAAGAAUUUGAAUCACCUUCAUGACAACAAGUUGUUUAACCAACAAGGCGAGUGCCUAGUGUACGCGUGGUUGAAUGGUUGUCCGUGGGAUCUGGGAACGUGCUCGACGGGAUCAGGAGAUGGCCGCAUGGAUUGUCUCUUAUCUGAGCCAGACCACAAAUGCAUGUGGGAUAAAAAUAAGUUUGAUGGAUUCUCAGCUGUUGUACGCAAAACAAGACCGAUCACCUGGAAACUCCUUGAAACCCUGCUUCUCAAGUGUGUCAAACAAAUAUUAAUUGAAGAAACUGUUGGAAUGAAUGUUAAAGAAACCUAAAUUUCAUAUAAAAGAUAUUAUGAUUUCUAAAUUUAAAUGAUACUUACUUAAAUUUGACUACAAUUUUAAA